GGGGGGGGGGGGCAGUGAGGGUUUGGGAGCGACAUGGCUGGUGUGGAGGCCGGGAUGCUUAACCGAAGUACAAUACAGGGUUUCGUUUCGUUUUAUGGGUGGAGGUGUUAAGAGUUCAGAGUGGGUUUGUUGGUCUGUUGCUUCGUGCCCUUGAAAUUUUCCACUUUGGAAUUGACUCUCCAAAACAGCUGGGCUGGCUUUUAAUGUAAUAGCACGGAAAUCUAAAUUUUAAAAAUAGACUUUGCUCUGCACUAAAAUGACAUGACUCCUGGUGCAACUCUAAGUUGUGUGAAAUGGAUGGCUACAGAUUCAAAUUGUACUAGGCUGCUCUUUCUACUAUAGUCGAAUCGCCUGCUAACACCGUGUCUCGGUGUAUACGUGACAGAUUGUUAUUUAGGUGGAGGGUCUUUGGAACUGGACAUCAUCAACAGGCAGCACCUUUUAGGAGAGGACAAGAGCUGAAAUGCAAAAAUUGUUAAUGCAAGAGUUUGAGACUUUGAAAUCCAAACAUUACAAAUUCAGCUUGGUGAUGCCAGAACUGCUGAGUGGCAGUGUGAGAGGGAAAUUAAGUAUCAAUGUCUUCGGGAGCAUCUUCAGGUCAGAGAUCUAGAGCUUUUCAAGUGGCUCAGAGAAAUCGUGAACCAGUACCCCAUUAUGACGAGGUCCCACGUGAGAUUAGGUCAUUCGAUCCAUAUCUUCAGGGUAACCUAACUUCACCAGAGCCUAGAUUUCUACAUGACUGUGAGUUGGCAACCAGUGCAGACCCACUGCCACCACCUCCGCUACCCCUGCAGCCUGCUGUCGGCCCCGAAUUCUACUUGCCUGAAGAUGACGACCCAGUCACUUCUCUAGAGUUGAAACCAGUCCGACGAUUUAUCCCAGAUUCUGUGAAGAACUUCUUCAAAGCUAAAAACGAUGAUCAACAAAAUGACAUGACUUCUACCAAUUACAUAAGUGAUGGAGUGGAGUGCUCCCCACCAGCCUCUCCUACUGCUUCUGCGAAAGAGCUAUCCAAGAGCAAUCAGCACAGAUCGGCUGCCAAUUCCUACAUGGAUCCAUACGGGGGAUCCGGAGGAAGCUACAACUCGCGGAAAGAGGUCGAAGCCAUGCUUCCUCGAGACCCCUACGACUCACUGGAUCGUCAUACCCGCACUGUGCAGAGCUAUAGUGAGAAGGUGCAGGUGUACCACAUGAAGUAUUCUUAUAUGAAAUCUUGGGCUGGCUUAUUAAGAAUCUUAGCUGUAGUUGAACUGCUGUUUGGAGCCGCAGUUUUUGCCUGUGUGUCUGCUUAUAUACACAAGGACAAUGAAUGGUACAAUAUGUUUGGUAACUCCCGCCCAUAUGGUUAUGCUGCCAGCAGUUUGCAAGGAGGAUACUACUAUGACGGACCAAAAACUCCUUUUAUUAUUGUUGUUGCAGGCUUGGCAUGGGUAAUCACCAUUGUUUUACUUGUCCUGGGCAUGUCCAUGUACUAUCGCACCAUCCUACUUGACUCCAACUGGUGGCCUUUGACAGAGUUUGCGAUUAAUGUUGUCCUAUUCAUUCUCUUCCUGGCUGCUGCAAUAGUGUAUUUGAAUGAUAUAAACCGCGGCGGCCUUUGUUAUUACCCUCUCUUCAAUACUCCAUUAAAUUCCACGUUUUGCCGUGUGGAAGGAGGACAGACAGCUGGGGUCAUCUUCCUGUUUGUUACCAUGUUCCUGUAUCUAAUCAGUUCCAUCGUGUGCUUAAAGCUGUGGAGACAUGAAUCAAACAGGCAACAUCGGGAAGCGAUGGAACAAGAGAUGAGAAUGACGGAAACUGGAGCACCAAGGGUAACGCAUAAUGAUGCUCCUGUGAGAGAAGAGAGAUCGAUGGCAGCUGAUACGAACCACAAACAACUGAGACCUAUUGAAACCAGACCAGAGGUAAUGAGUGGCUACAUUCCUGCAGGGCAUAUUCCAAAACCACUUGUGAUGGCAGACUACAUAGCUAAGUACCCUACAAUUCGCUCACCUGAGGAGCGGGAAAGCUACAAGGCUGUGUUUAAUGACCAACAUUCAGAGUACAAAGAGCUUCACGCUGAGGUGCAAGCUGUAAUGAAGAAGUUCAAUGACAUGGAUGUCAUGAUGAGCAGACUACCUCGACACGCAGGGAACCAACAGGAAUACGAUCGGAUUGCAAACGUUUUUCAUGAGUAUCAGAAGAAAAAGAAUGAUCCUGCUUUCUUGGAGAAGAAAGAACGAUGUGAAUAUCUGAAAAGCAAACUCUCCCAUAUCAAGCAAAGGAUUCAAGAAUAUGACAAAGUUAUGGACUGGAAUGAUGGAUAUGAUGAGGAGACACCUUCAGCACAAGUGAUUCACCUCAAAGGAACAAGUGGCAGAGUCGCACUAAGUAAGUCACGGGGCGACAAGGAGAGGAGCAACUUAUAUCAUAUGUCGGGGAGGACAUUGGGCAGUCCCCCGCCCUACCACUCGGGCAGCGAGUACCACCAAGCUUCAGUCUAUGCACCAAGCAAGGAUAUGUAUGAUGGAGAGAUUGGAUCCCAACCUGCUGGCUCCUAUUAUCCAGAUGACACGCAGCACUAUUACAAAUGGACCUCCCCUCCAGGAAUCAUCAAAAUCUUAGCAGUUAUCAUCGUUGUGAUGAGUGUGGGCAUUUUUGCUUGUGUGGCCUCCACUUUGCCCUGGGAUAUGGACUAUUACGGAGGAGGGAUGGGAGUAGGAAAUGGGAUGGGGUAUGGGGGAUAUGGAUCUUAUGGGGGAGGUCAUGUUGGAUUUGGUUCUGGCACAGGCUAUGGAUAUGGCGCUGGAGUUGGUGCUUAUGGAUAUGGAGGUGGCUACACUGAUCCACGAGCUGCUAAAGGCUUCAUGAUUGCAUUGGCUGCAGUCUGCUUUAUAGGACUACUGGCUGUGUUUAUCAUACUUGUUUCCAGGGCUAAUUUUUCAAGAACAAGGAAGUUUUAUUUAAUUCUCAUCCUUGUGUGCACAGUCAUUGCUUUCCUGAAGUUUGUGGCUACAAUAGUCUACAUUAUGGGGGUCAACCCUACAGCUCAGGCUGCAGGAUCUGUGUUCUACAAUCAGCUAUUGAAUCUCUGCAACCAGUUCUAUAUCCCAUCUACUAGUGGAGUCUUCACAAAUCAGUAUCUCUACCAUUACUGUGUGGUAGAACCACAAGAGGCCCUUGCAAUAGUGAUGGGAUUCAUGAUUAUAAUAGCCCUGGGCUUGAUUAUUUUCUUUUCCCAUAAAACACGAAGUAAAAUCUUGAAAUAUGGCAAAGAAAACGUCUUGUGGGAUAGGAUUCCCAUGGCCGAGUCUGAUCCUAAUGUGGCGGAAUGGGUGAACAAUGUAUCUGGUAUUCCUGAGGAACUAGCCACAAAUGAUGACUAUCCAAAUAAAUUCAAUGGUUCCCUGAAUUAUCAACCUAGUAAUGACUACAGAAUGCCGCCAGAUGAUGUCCGAUCAACUCCAGUUCCUGAAGCUUUAUUGCCAUUGAUGAAGCAGCCACCACGUGCCAUGAACAGCACAGGGUCUGACGAAAGCAGACCAGCCCCCCAGCGCAGACCACCAAGGAAGAGGAGGCCAGGAAGAGCAAAAAGACCAGAGACUGAGGACUAUGAAACUGAUUACACCACUGGUGCAGAGUCCUGUGAUGAACUUGACGAUGUUGAUUUUGAAAGUCAGUACCCACCGAUCACAUCAGACCAGCAGAGACAAGACUAUAAGAGGGAGUUUGAUAAUGAUCUGCAGGAGUACAAACGCCUGCAGGCUGAACUGGAUCAAGUGAAUAAACAACUCUCGGACCUAGAUAAGCAAUUGGACAAGCUGCCCGAGGAGACUGAGGAAUACCAGGCUGCUGCUGAUGAAUAUAAUGCAUUAAAAGAAGUAAAGCAGUCUCCUGGUCAUAAAGCGAAGAAGCAGCAAAGCAAGCAACUUAAGUCUAAACUGUCUCACAUCAAGCAGAUGGUCAGCGACUACGAUAGCCAGAGAUCUUAAGUACAAAAAUGAGCGACAGGAAAUUCAAACCGAACAUUUAUUCCCACUGCAGAAUGACCUCUUGGGUUUAUUUCAUCAAUACAAUGCAACACACUUCGAUGGGCAAAAUACAAACUUGUGUGAUUAUUACUCUCCUACACUUUCACCAAAUCAUGUUUCUUGCCUUUUCAUGAGGUGUGGUAAGAGGGACAUUUUUAAAGAUAAUCAGAGACUGACCAACUUUUGCAGUAACUUGGAUUUUGUUACCUUGCGUAAUGUGUUCAAAGCUUGUAAAUAGCCACAAAUUAUGUGUUCUUUGUGUACUAAGUCCUUUGAUUUUAAGGUACGUAAAAUAGUAACGAAUGUCAUAAAUAUAUUUGCCAUAAACUCUGUACAUCAUGUAAAUUUCAAUAUUGAAAGUAAUAUGUAAUGCUUUGCCCUUAUAUGAUUUGGGGUUAAUUCCAUGCCAAACUUGUAGUCAUCUGCUAUGAGCAGAAUUGGUGGGAUUUUUCACAUUCCACUCAGGCAUCAAGAAUCUGUUGAUGUCGGAGUUGAUGAAAGAUGGAAGGUAACGAGAGAGAUUUAACUUGUUUUUAAGUUAUCAUUAAAAUGUUUGCGAAUGUUUGUAUAUGGAAUGAUUGAGCUACACAGUUUCCUUUAACAAGCUUUUGUAUAGGUUCAGAUGUGUCAUCUUAAUUUAAUGCAUGAUGCUAGUCAGCAGUGAUUUUAGGUUUCUGCCACAUUUUUAAGAAGUGUGCCAGGUGUACAAUGAGAAAUUGCACGGCAAUAGCCUUUGCAUGCAGAGAUCUUGCUAUUAAAGCAGUUUCUUGUUGUAAUUCUCUGAUCAAAGAUAUUUUUUUGUUUGUGGAUUUUUUUUAAUGUGGGAGUGUUCAUUUUAGCGCUGGUGCAAGCACUGUUGAUUUAUACUUGCAAGUAAAUUUGCAGAUCUCACUGUGAAACCAUGGAUACAAUGAGCGUUCAAAUUGUGUACUUUUAUAACUACCUUCUGUGUUUACACAUGCCACAUAGACCGAAGUUAUAAAUUUCUUUGUUUUUCUAUGUAUAACUUUGGUGUGGUGAUAUGCAUUUAUUACUUUGUUUUUUAAUCUUUUAACCAUUAAUUAAAUGCUCUUGUUUAUUCCC